AAGCGCACCCGGGUCACCGAAUGACCUUGAGCGACUCGGGCAGAUAUGGCGCUGCUGGCGGCUGCGGCGCUGGGGCGCCUGAACCUUUCUAGCUGCGCCCGGGGGAGCAGAGCUCUGCUCCUGGGUGCCCGCGUGGUCAGACCCGCCUGCAUCUCAGCCUCUCUGCCGGACCGGCCUGCCCCCGGAGGACGGCACAUCCACCUGUCUGCCAGCCGCAGCUCUAACUCUAAGGCUGCGUCUCUGCACUGGACUAGUGAGAGAGCCGUCAGUGUUUUGCUGCUGGGCCUGCUCCCAGCUGCCUACCUGUACCCAAGCUCUGCGAUGGACUACUCACUGGCUGCAGUCCUCACCCUCCAUAGUCACUGGGGUCUUGGACAGCUUGUUACUGACUACGUUCACGGAGACAAGUUGGUGAAAGGAGCCAAUGCAGGUCUCUUGACGCUCUCAGCCAUGACCUUUGCAGGACUCUGCUAUUUCAACUAUCAUGAUGUGGGCAUCUGCAAAGCUGUUGCCAUGCUGUGGAGCCUCUGACCUCCGUGGGAACGGAAAUGAUUGUACACCCAUUGCCUCUGCUUUAUCACAUUAACCAAUGAAAAUGAGAGGGAAGUAGCAAUGAACUCCACUGGGGAAACCUCCCCUGUUCACCAGUCAGGCAGAGUUAUUUCAACAGUUGGUCUUUAUGAAGAAUACAAUCCAAGAAGGAUUAGAUUAAGAAAAUUGUGAGAUUAGCUUGUGUUCCAAGUUCUGAGAGUCACUAAGUUGUCUCAGGAUCUCACUCGGUUUAUAUCUUGCUUAACCCUUGUAAGCUGCCACAUUUCAAUUUUACUGAUCUCUUAAGAAUUCAGUUAUUCAUCAUUCUCUUGUGACUGGAUUUGUCCAGCAGCCCUUUCCCUCUUAUAAUAUGUCUUAUUCUUGGGAAUACUGGGCAAAAGAAGACAUUUUGUUAAUUCAUAUAAUAAAAAAUUUGCAAGAAAGGAAA